CGGCGUCUCGACAAGUAUUUUUUGGAAAGCGAUAGUGAAGACAACUUGUUGCAAACGCACUGCGAAUAUUCACACAAUGUCUCUAUUACCGUUCAUCCUUGGCUACGAGCAUCCUCACCGAGUGUUGGACCAGGAUUUUGGUUUGGCUCUCACACCUGAUGAUUUGCUGACCGCUGCUGUGACACCUAUGCUAUCCAGGGACUACUACAGACCCUGGCGUCAACUGGCGGCCGCCGCACGAGACGUCGGUUCCACCAUCAAGGCGGACAAGGAGAAAUUCCAAGUGAACUUGGACGUCCAGCAUUUUGCACCAGAGGACAUAACGGUUAAGACCGCUGAUGGCUACAUUGUUAUUGAGGGAAAGCACGAGGAGAAGAAGGACGAGCACGGCUUCGUUUCUCGGCAAUUCUCUCGGCGGUACGCACUUCCCGAGGGCUGCAACCCAGAAACUGUGGAAUCUCGGCUGUCAUCUGACGGUGUUCUCACUGUCGUAGCUCCGAGAGCUGCUCCGGCUUUAAAGAAUGAGAGAUCAGUUCCGAUCGCUCAAACUGGUCCAGUUAGGAAGGAGAUCAAGGAUCAGACAUCUCAAGCGAGUGCUAACGGAGAAAAGUGAAGAUAAAAAGCAUUUUCUUGAUAACACAUUUGUUUUACAGUAUUUACGUGCUUAAAUUCCUAUUUGUAUUAUGUUAAGUACACAAUAAAUGUCUUUUUUUUGUCAAUA